CUAAAGUCCAGGAAUCCACCUCACAUAGGAUUUUCCUAAUGACCCUAUUAGGAUCAUAAUGUCUUGCCACUAAGCAAUUUCUUUAUAUAGUGCAUGUGCCCAUUCAGUCCCCAUCUGCACAUAUUGCCUUUGCUCUUUCCUCCCUCUUCUUCGUCUUCGUCCUUCUCCAUUGCCAUCACCACUGUGUGCUUCUCAGUUCAUCAGGAACAUACGUCCUGGUCCAACUGAGAAAGCAACACAAAACCAAGAAUAAUAUUUACUGGAAGAGACUAGGAAGAUAUGGAACUUAAAUUCCCCAUUUAUUUCAUGGCAAGUGCCAUUCUAGUGCUGCUACAUCCUAAGGCAGGACUCGCUCAGACGAUCGCGGGCCCGCCGUCCUUCAGCCCGACCCCUGCCCCGGCUCCAGCCCCGGACUUCGUGAACCUCACGGACCUGUUCAGCGUGGCAGGCCCGUUCCACACGUUCCUGAGCUACCUCCAGUCGACCAAGGUGAUUGACACGUUCCAGAACCAGGCCAACGACACUGAGGAGGGGAUCACGAUAUUCGUCCCCAAGGACAGCGCCUUCUCCUCCCUCAAGAAGCCUUCACUGUCGAACCUCACUGAGGACCAGCUCAGGUCACUCUGCCUCUUCCACGCCAUGCCUCAUUACUACACGCUGGCUGACUUCAAGAAUCUGACCGACCUUAGCCCGGUCAGCACGUUCGGAGGCGGGCAGUACGGCCUGAACUUCACGGAUGACAAGGGCACGAUCCACCUCAGCUCGGGGUUGACUAACACGAAAGUUAGCAGCAGCGUGCACUCUACUGAUCCCGUGGCCGUGUACCAAAUAGAUAAGAUCCUUCUCCCCGAGGCAAUCUUCGGAACCGACAUUCUGGUGAGUGAUGCCCCAGCCCCAGCGCCAGAUAUUACCCCCGUUGCGGAUUCUCCCACGGAUGCGACUACUGGUGGGCACUCCACCUCGUCCAUGAACACGAGUUCUUCCCCGAGAACCGCCAGUUGGAGCCAAUGGAGCCGCCUUCUGUGGGCAGUUCCGUACGGGAUGAUGAUGCUCGUCAUGUGAGAAGGCAGAAGAGAUUAUUGAGAAGCUGCAUUAUUUAAAUUCGUAUCGAGGGGGUAUAUUUUGGAUUUCAUUAUAAUUGUUCGAUGUCAUUUGAAUCAUAUUUUUUAAGACAGGCAGAUACAUGUCAUUCAUCACCGUGUAUUGAGAAUGUGAAUGCGAUAUUAAUUUGUCUAUA